CGCGCCGCCCCAGAGAGGACUUCUUUGCCACUGAGAGGAGGAUAUGCAGAGAUUAACGUGAAAGAGAGAGAGCGAGAGAGAGAGAGAGAUGGAUCUAAUUAUCUGCGUUUUGGGGUUGCUGGCCCUGGUCGUGGAGGGCAUCCGUUGCCAAGGAGUUUACGCGCCGCCCGCCGUCCGCAUCAUCCACUCGGGCCACGCCUGCAACGUGGAAGAGGAGCGGCACGCCGAGAGGGUCUACACCAUCCGGGAGGGGGAGACCCUGGAGCUCACCUGCCUGGUGACGGGGCAUCCUCGGCCACAGAUCCGGUGGACCAAGACGGCCGGCAGCGUGUCGGACCGCUUCCAGGACUCCAGCGUGUUCAACGAGACGUUGCACAUCACCAAGAUCAUGAGGACCCAGGGAGGUCGCUACUACUGCAAGGCCGAGAACGGCCUCGGGUCCCCGGCCAUCAAGUCCAUCCGGGUGGACGUCUACUACCUGGACGACCCGGUGGUGACGGUGCACCAGAGCAUCGGGGAGGCCAAGGAGCAGUUCUACUACGAGCGGACCGUGUUCUUGCGCUGCGUGGCCAACUCCAACCCGCCGGUCCGCUACAGCUGGCACCGCGGCCGCGAGGUCCUGACGCAGGGGUCGGACAAGGGGGUGGAGAUCUACGAGCCCUUCUUCACUCAGGGGGAAACGAAGAUCUUGAAGCUGAAGAACCUGCGGCCUCAAGACUACGCCAACUACAGCUGCGUCGCCUCCGUCAGGAACGUGUGCGGCAUCCCGGACCGGAGCGUCAUCUUCAGGCUCACCAACAAGACGGCCUCUCCGUCCAUCAAGCUGCUGGUGGAGGACCCCACCGUGUUGAACCCGGGCCAGACGGUGUCCUUGGUGUGCGUGGUCACGGGCGGAGACCCGCCCCCCAUCCUCACCUGGAUCAGCAGCAACGACAGCCUGCCGACGAGGAGCGUGGUGAAGGGCGGCACGCUCACGCUGCCGGCCGUCACCACGGAGGAGGCGGGCGUCUACAGCUGCGUGUCCAGCAACAACGUGGGGAACCCGGCCAAGAAGUCCAUCACCAUCGUGGUGCGAGCGCUGAAGAAGGGAAGGUUCUGGAUCACACCGGACCCGUACCACAACGACGACCACAUCCAGAUCGGACGGGAGGUCAAGAUAUCCUGUCAGGUGGAGGCCACGCCCCCGGAGGAGCUGACGUUCAGCUGGCUGAAGAACGGGCGCGCGCUGCGCAGCUCGGAGCGGAUGGUCAUCACGCAGACGGACCCCGACAUCUCGCCCGGCACCACCAACCUGGACAUCAUCGACCUCAAGUUCACCGACUUCGGCACCUACACCUGCGUGGCCGCGCUGAAGGGGGCGGGCAUCCCCGAGAUCAGCAUCGACGUCAACAUCUCCUCCACAACCGUUCCCCCCAACCUGACAGUCCCUCGGGGCAAGUCCCCCCUGGUGGCCCGCGAGGGCGACACAGUGGAGCUGGAGUGCCUUGUUUCAGGGAAGCCCAAGCCCAUCAUCCUGUGGUCGCGGGCCGACAAGGAGGUGCCCAUGCCGGACGGCGGCAUGCAGAUGGAGAGCUACGACGGCGUGCUGCGCAUCGUCAACGUGUCCAGGGAGAUGACCGGAUCGUACCGGUGCCAGACCAGCCAGUUCAACGGGUUCAACGUGAAGCCGCGGGAGGCCGAGGUGGAGCUCAUCGUGCAAUACCCUCCGACGGUGGAGCCGGUUUCCAUGGAGACGCGGCAGGGCCUGGGCCGGCCCGUGGUGAUGACCUGCCGGGUGCUGCGGGCCCACCCGUCCCGGGUGCUGCGCUUCGAGUGGCUCCUCUCCAACCGGCUGCUGCACGCCGGGGCCUUCGACGCCCAGAGAGACGAGACGGAGUACACCAUCCGCAGCCUGAACCGAGACGGCUGGGGGGAGUACACCUGCAACGUCAUCAACGAGGCGGGCGCCGGGAAAUGCACCUUCCAGGUCACAGGCAAGGCCUACCCUCCGGAGUUCUACUACGACACCUACAGCCCGCUGUGGCAGAACCGGCCCCGGGUCUACGGCUUCAAGCUGCAGUGGACCCAGAUGAACCCCAACGUCGUGGACCGCAUCGUCGCCUACAGACUGGGCAUCCGACAGAUGGGGUUGCAGCGCUGGUGGGAGCAGGAGAUCCCAGUGGACGGAGCCAUCAACAAAGGAGAGCCCAUGACACACAACCUGACGGAGCUCAUAAAGCCCGAGUCCUACGAGGUGCGCCUCACUCCCAUCACUCGUUUCGGAGAGGGCGACUCCACCAUCCGGAUCGUCACGUACAGUGCUCCCAUCAACCCUCACCUGAAAGAGUUCCACUGCAGCUUUGAGGAGGAGCCCAUCUGCAUGUUCUCGCAGGACAAGAACGAUGAUUUUGAUUGGACGCGGCACAGCGCCGCCAGCCGCGACACCAAGUACACGCCCAACACCGGGCCCAGCGGCGACCGCACCAACUCCAAGCAGGGUUUCUACAUGUACAUUGAGACGUCGAGGCCGCGCAACGACGGCGACAAGGCGCGGCUCAUAAGUCCGUUCUUCAACGUCGCCCCCAAAAACCCGUACGGCGUCACCAACCCGUCCGCCUACUGCUUCGGCUUCUUCUACCACAUGUACGGCAAGCACAUAGGAAUGCUGAACGCCCUCCUCAAACAGAAGGGCCAAACGACCUCCGAGGGUCCCGCGUGGUCGCUAAACGGUAACCAAGGUGACCGCUGGAAGCAGGCGAAAGUCAGCAUUCAUCCGACGGCGUCCUUCCAGGUGGUACUCGAAGGCAUCCGAGGUUCAGGCAUGGAGGGCGACAUCGCCAUCGAUGAUGUCACGCUGGAGGAAGGGGAGUGUCGAGACCCACCGCCCAAUCUCAGCGCCAAGGCCCCGUCCUCGUCCUCCCAUAUAUGGCUGCUGUUCGUCGCCGUGGUGACGACCCUCCUGGAAGGUCAGAGGUGACCCUUCUCUCCUCCGUCAUCUCAGAGGCGAAUAUUCAGACCUCACCGUCUGUGAACUGUCCCCUCGGCAUCCAAUCACCAAAGAUUCAUGCAUCCUGAAGAGCGGCGGGGCGGGGGGGGUCCCCGUGCCAGACCUCGGGGGGGCCGGAAUUAACGAAAAGAGAGAGAAAAGAUCGUGAUUUAAAAAAAAAAAAUAAUGAAGAAGAUGCGCAAUUUCUUUUCAUUUUUUCUUCGAGAGACCUCUUUUACAGAAACCACUCGUCGGCGCAGAGGCUCUGGACGUCUUGACGAGCCCGAGAGAGUUCACGGGGACGGACCGUUUGUAAAGCACAAGAACUAUUUUAUGAAGUUAUGAAAAAUAUUGUUAGAAGGUGGCGGAAUAUAAAGACAACUGCUGACUUUUACCAAGAGGAGGUAACAUCCCCCCCCCCCCUCCGCUUACAAAUACAUGGAAUCAGACCUUUUCUCUGUGUCUCUUUAUCUUCAUUUUCACCGACACUUGUUUUUCCCGCCUCGGCAUUUCUUCAUCUGCUCGGUGCUGAGCUGUAGAAAAAAACCAGGACUCUAGGAAACAUGUAGUUAUGUCAGCUUACCCCCCCCCCCCCCCCAUGUAGCUUCCUAUGUAUCUAUUAACACUGUGCUCACGAGUCCAAGUGGCCAACCGACGGUAUUGUGGCAGAAGAAGAAGAAGAAGGGGAAAUCAGCGUGAGGUGUAGACUGGAGGGCGAAGAGGAGGAAGAGGAGGGGGCAGGCAGGCAGAGAAAGGUCCGAUUAGCGAAGGCCCGGCUCCGAUAUCCCAGUCGGCGGUCCGCCCGUGGGAAAAAGAAAAAAAAACAGAAGCCGCUUUACUUUCUGCCAUGAAACAAAGUGCCUUCGGAUUACAAAAGCCGGAUCGUGAGCCCGGGCGUCGAUCAACAUCGAACACGCCUCUGUUCGUGUUUUCCUCCGACGGGCGACUUUUUUUUUCUACGUGUUUCUUUUGCCCCACAAGUGCUGACGGGGAGGGCGACAGCGUUCAGAGGGAGCGCCCCGGAUUUAAACUCCUGAUGGGGACAGUCAGUCUGAGUGUGUGUGUGUGUGCGGGCGACUGUGUGUGUGUGUGUGUGUGUGUCAGCUGACCCCGGUUGGAAACGAUUUGGAUGGAUUGCGGUCGACAGUGAGGCUCUGGAUCCUUUUUUUUCCUUCAUUUUUUGGUUGUUGUCGCAGAAAGACGAGAUCAUGCAGGAGGAUGAAGACGCUCCAUCGAAUGGAUACCCCUCUCUCUCUCUCUCUCUUCCCAUAAUUCUCCCCGAGCAUUUUAUUUUUUUUUAAACAAAAGAACAACCGCUGAAUAAAACAUUGCGUCGUGCAGCGAGGAGAGCAGGAACUCUGGGCUCCUCACGAGGGCGACGAGCCUCGCCCCCCUGCCCCUCCGCCAUUUAUAUGGAACAAUACGAGAAUAAAAGAUGAUAAUGACCAUAAUAAGUCAUGAUAUUUUAUUACUCUAGCGAGAAUGUUUCUCUGCUUUUACACAAACUGUGAAGAUAUUGACUGUGGAAGAUCUACCUGAGACCAUAACCUUAACCAGCGGGGUUUUUAACAAAAAAAAGUACUGUAAAAAAGAGAAAAUAAGAAAAUGAAAAAUUCCGUCCAUUGUUGGUUAUGACAAAAUGUUUUGAGGACUUUGUGUCUUGUUCCUUAUUUUUUAUUUUAUUUUUUGCGUUGAAGAUGAAUUAACUUCCUUUCUCUUCUUGUUGUCUCCAUUUUGCAUCGCUUGAGUAUCAAAGCUGAUGGAAGCAUAAGAAGUAAACCAAUUUGGUCAACUGUAUAACUUGUAAAUGUUAAAGAAGCUCUAUUCAAAAGGUUUAUGAUAAAUGUUUUAUGUUGGAGUACAGGAAGCACAACAUACAGUUUAAGGUCUCUCUACGUAUGGAAUCCAUUUCAUGUUCCUCAGCACACGCGUGACCCACGGGCUCUCCGACCCGAGUCCACGCUCAACGGCAAACGGGUGCUUUUCGUUUGGCUUGUUGCAUUUAUAUUCAUCGUGCAACUGAAGGACAGAAAGGGAGCCCAGUGAGGAGUCAAAUGAAAGGUUUGUAAAAAAAUGCCUCUGGGCCGGUCCGAGUGGGUCACAGACACGUGUGAGCAUAGAGCUGUGUACAAUAGAAAAGAACUGACACAUGUAAAGAAGAUUUUAAAAAACAGAGCAGAAUGAUGAGUUUCAGGACGUCCUUAUAGUCGGUAUGAUAUUAUUACAGAGAUAUUAUCAGCGCUAUUUUCUGCAAUUAUAUUGUUUUUUUCCAUAAGGUCCAGAUCAUAAUGAAUGUAAAUGGAGUUCUGGGGCAUGUAGCAUGUUGCUAUAUCCUCAUGUGGGAUGUAGCAUGUUGCUAUCCCCUCCUGGGGUAUGUAGCAUGUAGCUUGUGAUGAAAAGUGCCAAAGUGCCCCGUGCCGUCGUCACUAAGUAUGGAUAUGAGUGUAUUUAGAUAUUUUGGUAACUGUUCCUUUUACUGUCACCCUGAGCACCUGGUAAAUAAUCACGUGAGAGCAGCGACGCCGUAGUACUGUGCACGAAUGGUUCAGAGUUACAGCUGGAUUUAAUUAAUUUAAGUAAUAGCUUUUUCACUUUCUUUCUAAAAAACGGUUAGCUUAGCUUAGCACAAAGACUGAAAACGAGGGGGAACUGCUAGCCUACGGAGGGAACAAAAAGCCAAAAAUAAGCAUACUUCUCCAAACUUUCAGCUCCUAAAUAAAAGCCGGGUUAUUGCCAAAUUUAACUUGAAUGAACAGAAGAAGGAAAGAAACAGAUUGUGUCCUUCUUUUGUGGUGUUUAUUAUUAUUAUUAUUAUUAUUAUUAUUAUUAAAAUCCGGGUACCUUUAUCUGCAAAACUCGAGCUUACACCCGGCUCUGCUCUCCAUGUUGAUAAACGUCCUCUAAGCUUCUUCAUAUUACACUUGAAUUAGAUUAACAUUAUUUAAAUACGUAAACAGCGGUGUGUUCACUGACUUCAUUCUGAACGGCGGCGAGAGGCCUCCAAGAUUAUAUUCAAUUUAAAAGGACUCUAUUUAUUGUUUAGCAUGAGUUAUGCAAUCCAGUAAUAUGAAUACUGCAUUCUCAAAUACAGCACGGCAUUAUUAGUGCAGACGGUUGUUUAACUUUCUAAUUGUUUGCUAGAAAUAGACAAUUUGUUGAUUUUAAUUGUUAAAAGUUUCUAUAAAACCUUUUUUUUCAAAGAACUGAAAUAUAACCAUUAAAAUAAGUCGACACGAGUAAAGCUGAAAUACUGAAGCUUGCGGUACACAUGAGGCGUAUUGGAUUGCACUCCAUUGUGCUGGUUCACAUACCAUAAGAUUGGGGAUUGAAUUAUGAACAUUUUGGCAUUAGUUGCAUGCCAAUUGGAUACAAAUUGACCGCGCUUUGGUAAAAAGAAGAUGUUGACCUUUCCAUGACCUUGACCUUUGACCCAAUUGAUCCCAAAAUCUAAUCUAAUGGUCCCCGGAUAAUAACCAAUCAUCCCACCAAAUUUCAUGCGAUUCGGUUUAAUACUUUUUGAGUUAUGCGAGUAACACGCAUACAAAUGAAUUAAUUAAUUAAUUAAUACACAGCGAUCAAAACAACCUUCCGCAUUUUCAAUGCAAAGGUAAUUGUGCCGUUGUGGAUGAAUGUACCCGGUGCUUACAUUAAAACUUUAAAAAAUGUGGAGAGGGGGGGGGGGUGUAGAAUUUAAAGGAUGCGGGCUGUCAGGCCGUAGAUUGAACAUAAUUGGGGCGACAUGCAGCGCGCUGAAACUGUUUCCCAGCUUCUGUGGCGAAUUAGAUUAAAGCCGUCCGUGUGAGUUGAACCAUGACCGGUGGGGAGGAAAUGUAAUGCAAAACAGAGUAUUGCCUGGAGGCCUAGAAAGUGCAUACUUUGUAAUAACAUAAACUAAAGGUGGAGAAGUUACACUUUGUUAUACUGCUGUAGUGUAGUUUCUUAAGCAGGGUUUUCUUUCUUUAAAUCCAGCUGUAAUUUUCACAUAUAGCGAACGCUGUAAUCUACCUGGUAACGUAUUGAAACUCCCGAUACCGCGUAGCGUCGAGUCUCUCGAAAAGGAACACGCCCACCUGCUCACUUCCUGUUGGACCUCAGAAGGGCGUCGUUCGUCGCCCGGAAUAACGUGGUGUGAUUGCCACCGAUAGCGCCGCAAAUUAUCACUCGACACACCCUGUGUUAUUGAUUCAGCAAAAGAUAAUUGGUGCCAGCAGUGUGUGUGUGUGUGUGUGUGUGUGUGUUGGGGAGACAGAGUUUGUCAGUCGCAGUGGAUUUGGCAAGUCAGGGACUCAAACGGGGGACAACAUGCUUGUCAGAUUGGACCUGAAACAUCCCCACUGUGUCGGGGGUGUUUUUCAAGAGUGAAAUUGCCGUCUUAACGCGCCGAGUUUCCUUCAGCGCUCACGCGGCGGCGCGGCGGCCGUGAGUGACUUCUCGACGGGAGGCUCGUCUGCAGUCCCACUAAAUAACUGGGAGAGGGAGACACAUUUCAGAGAUCUCAUUUGACUGUGUCGGGGGGGAGAGUAGCAGUGUGUGUGUGUGUGUGUGUGUGUGUGUGUCGCUACUCGAUGGCACAGCUUCUCAAGCGUGACAACUUCGCCGGUGAACCGCCACCCUCUCGGUACUUUAUUGUCCCCCCCCCCCCCCCCCGCGUCGGGAGUGAAGCUCGCUGCUUUUUUUCUCGAUGGAAUCACAGGCCGGGUGUUCCAGUUAUUUACCAUCGGUGCAUCAGGAUGACAACAUAAAGAGAACCCCCCCCCCA